AUUUGUAAACAUGGCGUAGGAGAAACACUUAGAAAGUUGCAAGCCUUUGCAAUUAAUUUUAGGCCAAUAAUGCACUAAAAAUCUCACGUUUUUACCAAAAUAGGGUCCUGAAAUUUCAUAGAUUAUGGGAUAGGUUGCAUUUAAGCGAUGGAGAAGUCACAAGCGAAUGGUUGUUGUGCGCACCGUUUGAGUAGUGGUUGAUAAAAUAAUACUUCCUCCGGCGCAAUGAUAAAGUCAGACUUCCAUGGAAAGACAUCACCAGGCAAAGAUUUCAUUAUUGGACGAGACACUGUUCUGGCAGAAUUAGAACCACUGAGUGACCUGCUAGAUUCCCUUCCUCACAAGGCGCAGUUUGGUCCCAAGAAUUUGGUUGGCCAUGUGUGGGACAAAACAAGAGAACAUGGUGUGAAAAAUCUGUUUAAUACAUUGAAAGAGAGAGUGCAGGAGAAUACCAAGUCAAUUCCAAUUGAGUACACAUGUGUGGAUGUAUCAUUUGAUGCUAUUGUGCUUGGUACAAAUAUAGGAGUCAUCUUCUUGUUUGAUCGAACUUGUAAGAAGCUUUCAAGGCUGCCAUCUGAGGUCACUCAUGAACCAGCCAGAUGUACAAAGCUCUUACCUACACACAGUUACACAGCUGUGGGAUUCAACAGUGGUUUAGUGACAAUUUUCACAUUUGUUCUGGCAUCACAAGGGUUUGGAAAGCCUCAGACAAUGCAUGUGAGCGGAGCCCAUAACAGUCCAGUGGCCUGUUUGGAGUGGUCCCCUGAUGGUGAGCUGCUCUACACUGGAGAUGCAUUGGGCACAGUUUUUGUUACAGUUACCAACUUCCAAAAGGGUUUGACCCAGACAGCCAUGAUGUUCCAAGAAGCAUCUCCCAUUGUUCAGUUGUCAUAUUCAUGGGAAGCGCUUUUGAUUUCAUCCAGGAAAAGAACAGUUCUAUGGAAUUUUGGCAAUGAACAGGUCACUCAGAUUGGGCAGAAGGAAAGGAAAAGUCCUGGACAGUUUGGAGCCCUGUUUUACCCUCCGGCUAAAAGAACUGCAGAUGGCAAGUCCAAGGAAUCGCUUGAAAUAUACACCUCGCGGCCAGGGUUGCGACUGUGGACGGCUGAUGUCAAUGGCAAGGUUUCUGUUACGCUGAUGUACAAGGGCUUGACAAACGAAAACCCUCCAGGUAUCAGCACGUUAGAUCCCCCACCUCCCUGUUUAACAAAACUCCCAAAGGAUUAUCAAGCGCAGUUUGGCCCCCUGAGACUAUACCACGGGCAGUUCUUUGUCACAUGGGAUGUAUCUCGCCUUUGGGUCCUGGACACGUCUCCUUGUGCUCUGGUGGGUUACCAUGGUGACCUAGGUGAUAUUGUGGACGUCAGUACCGUAGGGCAUGAGAUCUACGUUUUGCAACGGGGCGGGCAGAGGCAAUUGAUGAAGCUGUCUCUGAUUCCUAAACUGGCCAAUCCUUUGUUGGAUGUCGUAGCGCUGUUGGAGCGAAGCUUCAAGGAAGACGAGGAGGAUGGUUUACAGCCUCACCAAGAAUCUAGCGUUGAACGCAAGGAUCCCAGAUUACCUGAGGGAAUCCCGAAUGGGGGAAACGCUUCAAAACCUCCCUCGUGUGAAACCGAAUCAAACAAAGUAGAAGCAGAAACAGCUGUAGCAGCAGGACCUGACCCUUUCAAAAAAUACCAAGAGAUAAGGCAUCAAGAAUUUGGGGAAAUUGUGUUCCGGAAAAACAAAAAAUCAAAGAAGAAAGCUAACAAAGGUGUAGAACCUUUGCGAAAAACAGCGGCCCAGUCUCACGAUGACGUCGAAGAUCAACCAGCAGAAAAUAACACACCAAGCGAACACCCUGACUUACUUCUUCCCCCAGAUUCAGACAAGAACCGCAGUGACGCUGUGGACCUACCCGACUCUGCGUUAAAUAGAUUGUCAAACAUCUCGUCAGAUUUCGACUCUGCCGAGCGGACGAGUGGAGAAAACCAAGACUCAGAGGGAGAGGGCGGAGACAAUUAUACCUCGCCCCAUUUGAUGGUUGUUCACGUUACAAAGGAAGGGGCACAGGAAAAACAUGAAGUCCGCGAAGACGUCAGCUACUCGUCUUGUGUUACACAAGAAGAUUCGAGAUGUCAAAAUGACAGCGUGACCAUUCAGGAUAGUUGCGUGACUAAGGUUGAACUUACUGUUGAACACGAGGGGAACGUGACUUGGUUUGAAAAUGCUGACAAAUGUAGUACUUCUCCAUCUUCUGCCAACAUGUCCGACGAAACACUCUCGCCUGACAACAGUUUAUGUAUGGAUUCUGUAUCUCUGUCAACAAGUACGAUGAUCGAAGACAGUGCUGUAACCGAAGACUCCACACUGAGCCCAGAAGACUCGCUCAGCACUGAUUAUUUGCCGGACAUUUAUUCCAAUACACCUGUCAAUAUUUCUGACGCAACUUUUUCGGAUGCUUCGGUUGAGAAAUCCACACGCUCUAAAACCCGGCUCAGAAACAUGUCCGGCCUCGGAUCCGCUUCGUCGCUGAAAGAAGGAAGUGAUGUUCCAACGGAUUCCGAAGGUACCCCUCCUGUCUACCUUGACCUAGAGGGGGCCGAAGAGCUCAGCGAUACUGCCUCUUGGUCCCGUUAUCUCUCAAGAAGGACCAUGAGUGAUGCCGAAAUAGUGAACCACGAGGAUGCACCUGCUCUUGAAGGGUCAUUUUCCUCCACCGGUUCCGGCUCCUCGCUAUCAAAGUCCCCUGGAUCUACCAAAGAAGGCCUACGCCUCCUCGCGGACAGCUGGGCGGACUACAACCCACCGGGGCAGGGUUACGUUCAGUUUGUAGCUGUUUCAGAUACUCAUAUUUGGUGCAUUACUUCUUACGAAAACAUCUUUUACUGCCCUACUCACUACUCUGUUGUGAAUUGGACUCAGCUCGCUGGCUCAGCAAAAAUGAUAGCUGUUAACAACACCGGUGACGUCAUUUGGAGUAUUGAUCGUAAGAACUAUGCGUAUGCGCGUUUAGGGGUCAGCAAGAAUCACUUGACUGGUACGAGGUGGCAACCAGUAGAGAAGGACAUGCGCUAUGUGGCUGUAGACGAAACAGCAGUUUGGGGAAUAAAGUUAAAUGGCGACAUUUUUGUGAGGACGAGCAUCUCUAAUAAUUGUCCCACAGGAAAAGGAUGGCGAACGAUUUGUACAGACUCAAGAUUCAUGCAAGUCUCGUGUUUUGAUGGACUGGCUUGGUUCUUGGACAGAGGAAACAUCAUCCAUGUCUACAAAGGAGACAACAGUUCGCGUCCAGGUGAAAAAGAAAACUGGGAGACUCUUAAAGAUAUUUCGGCCAAAUGGGUUUGCCUUGGAAUAGAAGGAGUAGCGUGGAUUGUGGACACAAAGGGCUGCAUUUGGUUCACUAACGUUGCUAGCGAAAAUCCAACGGGUGGCACGUGGUAUCAGGUCUCUCUCGGCCAAUACUUGAUGCAAAACCGCAGCUUACUUGAGACGCUUUGGUCCUGGGUUGUACGAGAUGACGUCAAACUUUUGACCGCCAGCCCUAAAGCAGGAGUCUGGUUAUUAGGGAGUGUAGGCUCUCUACAGGCCUCGCACGGUCACUUGCUAGGGGCUCGUUGGGAUCCUGUGACACCACAAGGAAUUGCUCAGUCUGUGUCCUGGUCCCAUAUGUCUGCAGGCUCAAGCAAAGGUGACAAAGGUCACGUGUUGGCUUUACAACCCAAUGGGGAGCUUAUUUGCUUGCAGUUGGGGAACCGCCCUGUAACUGUCGAACCACCUCGAGGCAAAGUUUUAAAACUAAUUUCUGCGUCGGGUUCUAGCCUUUGGGCCAUAACGCACAACUUCAAAGUCGUACAACGCUCAGGAAUUUCGGACGCAUAUCCGCAAGGGGUUAGCUGGGUGGAGGUGAGACUAUCUCAGUUCGGUAUUGGUAAAGUUUACCACCUCAGCUGCGGUGCACUGAGCACCUGGGCCGUUGAUGACGCUGGAAAAAUCUUUCUACGGAUAGGCAAGGAGGACUCUUCGGACCCAUCUGUCACUCAGGCGUGGAUCCCAGUUGAAGGCGCUUCUCUACCUGGCUGUCGAUUUGCUAAAAUUGCUGUAAGCCCGUCCGAUCGCGUGGUCUGGGCAGUGGACGAUCGGAACAAUGUUUACGCUCGCCAAGAUGUCACACCAAGCUUCCCUAUAGGCACCAGGUGGGAGGUUGUUCCUGGCACGGGUGUGCGAGACUUGGCCAUCAGUGAACACAUGGUCUGGGCGAUUUGUCCCAACGGGGACAUCGUGUGUCGGUACGGGGUCAGCAAAGACAACUGCUUGGGUCACUACUGGAAGAAAGUCCCUGGGAAUUUUGAACUUAUCUCCGUGACUCCCGAUGAUGAACUCUGGGCCAUCGAUCAGAACGGCCAGCUGUUUCUGCGCAAAACGCAGCAUUUUUAUGGUACCCAGUCUCCGUUUAGGCCUCGAACAUACAGCGCUAUAUUUUCUGGUGAAGAGGACUGGGAGUUUAUAUAGUGUGUGUGAAAUGUGUUUUAGAUGUAACGAAUUCUUCAAGUUAUAAAUUUUUGUUUUUAUGCGAAAUUAUGAUGUUAGAAAAAAUUAUUUCGAAGAUUUCAGAUUGUGUAGAAUAUGCAAAACUAUACAGAAAUAUUAAAUUUUAAAGUUAUAACCGGUAUUUCACAAAGUUUUCCAGUGAAAACUUAGACUAUAACUUUGUGAUGAAGUUUUUAUUCGAAGGCUGCAAACAAAUUUACUCAAUUUAAAACAAUCAAGUGGUAUGUAAUUAACUCAAGGUUCAAUCAAUUGUCAUCUCCUUUGUAAUAAAAAGAAAGCAAAAUUACGAUGAGUAGCCCCCCUUUCGAGAACGGGGCGGUUGGUUCGCUCUUCAUUUCUUAAAAAUGAACAGUAUUUCAAAUGUCGAACCAUUUUUCUUUCAAGGAAAAACUUGGCAAUUGUUAAGGUUUACAUCGUGUGUUAAGAGAUGUUAUUGGAUGACAUUAAACGAAGUGAAGCUUUUUAGUUAAAAGGAUAUUUUACAACAAAAUCAUUGUUUUUUUCCUCUGUUUUUGAACAUGUAUUGUUUGUGGAAAUAGCGUUUGAGGGCUGAGGUUGAAAACCUGCUGCAGUUUUGACAUAUUUGGCUUUUCGACGGUGCACUAUAGGUUGUGAAACUGCUGCACUUGGAAAUCCUCCUCGUGCUUUGUAGCCAUUAAGUUUGGUCGUUUGUACCUCUGUUAUCUUGUUGGAAGGGAAUCUUUGUAUUUGCUUUUGUUGUUAAUCAGUUUUUCAACAAACCCGAAUAAAGUAAACUCGAAAAAUUUUGAAUGA